AAUACAGUAGCAUAAUCCAAACGUCGUUCAUUCCGUGAGGUGCAGUUAGAGCAAAAUGUCUGCUCAUAAAACGUUUAUUAUUAAGCGAAAGCUUGCCAAGAAGUUGAAGCAAAACAGACCGAUUCCACAAUGGGUCAGGAUGCGUACUGGUAAUACCAUCCGAUACAACGCGAAAAGGCGUCAUUGGAGAAGAACUAAGUUGAAGCUGUAAAUUAAUUUUAACUUGCUUCAAUUUUAUUAUUGUAUAUCAAUUUAUUCUUUAAUAAAUUCAAUCCUUAAUAUGUAAA